AUGGCGGACGAAGCUUGCAGUUCAUCACGCAAAGAGAAUCACGUUGAUUUUCCUCCUGUUUGUCUUCUAAACACACUUGUUCGAUCAUUUACAAAAGAAUGGCGUGGAGUUUUUGCAGCUCUUAACUCCGAGUGCUUUCCUGUUCAAGCUGCGUCUAUUUGGCUACAGAAACGGAUUGCCACUGAAAGCUUGUCCGACAUUCCUCCAAGCUGGGAAGAUUUCAUGGAUGAUCUUGCCAAGGAUUUCCCUGUGGUGUUGAAUGAUCAAUUGUUCUUUAAACCCAAACUGCUUCUCCUUCCUUUGAAUAUCCAACGUAAUACGCUAGCAUUCAUUUCAUAUCACGGCUGUUCUGUGCCGGCGAACUCACUGCACAAGUUAAUUCACAGCUUGCGCAAAUUUGAGGCGGAAAUGGCUGACUGGAGGCUAACUCAUUUGAAGAUUUUGGAAUCAAAGUUGAGAAAUUUUAAAGAAACUGACCGUAGAGACUGGAAGGAUGGUGAAGAAUCACACCAAAAAGAAAACAAGUGUCUUUUUACUAAUCUUAUUACUAUAGACUCUAAGACAAGAUUUGAAGAUCUCAUAAAUAAGACCAAAAAAGCGGAGUCUUCGAUACACAUUCCAUGGUUAAAUAAUUUUAUCAAAAAUGAAGUGAAAGAUGCUGAUGUUAGUAUUGAUAAGAACAUUUCAAAGGAACAAGACACCGUAUCGCCUCAAAGAAUCGAAAGUUGUGCUGGAGAUGAAAUUGACAUGAUUGAUUUGACAGACAUUUGUGAUGGAAAUAUAUGUGUAGAUGUUCCAUCUCACAAGACAUUGCAAAAACUUCACCCAGAACCUUCUGCUCUGUCCGGUGAAAGUGAUAUUGAAAUUAUUCAAGUUUUUAAUAGUCACAAAGUAAAAGUUGAACCUGAAACAAUUGACAUGAAAGAUUUGACAGUGCCCCCUCCACCAGAAUGUCUGAUCAUUGAAAAUGAAGAUGUCCUAGAACACAGUAUUGAAGAAAACUUUAAUUUCAGCUUUGAGAAUAUUCCAGGACAUUCAGUCACCAAGACUGAAACUGAUAGAGAACAGUCUAUUACGAUGAGCACUGAGAAUGUUCCAGAGCUUUUGAUUGAGAAAAAUAAUGUCUCAGCUGAGUCAAAGCUACCUGAUGCUCUUCAGCUAAAAGUCACUGCUCUGAAAAACUUACUUCAGAACUUAGAGACUAAUGAAUUCAAUUUUCAUGAUGAACUUGAGGUAUUUUCAGCAAGUAGCCCUGAGGAGCUAAGACAUAUCUGUGCUCAGUUAAAUCUGAAAAACCUGGAAGAAUCUUUGGCAAUUUCUCUGUGUCAACAGUUUGUUUCUUUGUCAAGUGAACCAAGCUUUAGUAAUGCAGUUAUUUUUGCUGUUCACUGUCUCUUACCUAAAAUUCAACAGCUAAAGCAAACUGCUUCAAGAGUCCUAUUUGCUGCAGUCAAUCAGUUUGCUAAAAAACAUUCAAGACCAUUUUGUGAUGGUGUUAUUUUAACACUGGUCCAGCAAUCAAAUUUGGACACUCCACAAGUGGACCUCGUCAAUAAAGUAAUCAAAGAAUGUCUCACUGAAGACACCACAGUUUAUUUGAUGCAGUUGAUUUUCUCAGUCAAGUCAGAUGUUGAAGGUUUGCCUUUUAUGUGGACAGAGAGCACUGUUUCUGUUGUUCAGGUGUUAAUUGAUUUAAAACCAGAAUUUAAUGAGGAUUUAUUUGGAAGCUUUGUUUGUGUGUUGGAGCAACAGUCACAGCAUUUGACAAAGUCACUUAAGUUUUCCAAGAUGUUACUUGCUGUUAUCAAGACAUACGGGCAACAUGUCUCUAUGCACCAAAACACUUUUGUUUACAUUUUGGAAGUGAAUGAAACAUUUCUCAAGAAAGCAGGGUUGACUGCUUUAAAAAGGUUUAUAAACAGCUAA